AUCACUCCCCCAACCUCUUCAAAUCCCACAUAGGGUCCAACCGAAAGAACAUCUUCUCCUUGAGCCUCGAGCUUCACAGGAAAGUUUUUUCUCCCAUGUCUAACACUCCUCAAUAUUCACAAACUCCAGUCCCGUCCACUUCAGAUGUUGUGAGGGACACGUUCCUAUGGAGGAGGAAGAAGCUGAGCUUGAUGGUGCUUACCAUGGCAACAGCGACUUGGGUGGUCAUGGAGGUUUAUCAGUUCAACUUCGUCACUCUCGCUUCCUGGGCAUCCAUCUUCGUGGUCACCUCCCUCUUCCUGUGGGGCACCGCCUUGAGGCUUCUCGGAAAAGAAGAACCGGAGUUGCUGAGCAUGGAGAUCUCGGAGCGAACGGCGAUGGAGACGGCGAAAGCCGUCCGAGCGUGGGCCGAAGAAGGCAUUAGAUGGAUAUUCAGGGUGGGUGCCGAGAGAGACUGGUUCACGUUUGCUGGCGUGGUCGCCGGCUUGUGGGUGCUCUCCGAGAUUGGAGCCUACCUCGACUUGCUGACUCUGGUCUAUAUAGCUGUAGUUUCGGGCAUGACAGUACCUCCUCUGUACGUGAGGCACGAGGAUAAGAUAACGCAGCUCCGAGAGAAGAUGAAGACACGGUCGAGGCGACUCUACGAAAGGGUGGACGAGAAGGUUGUCAGGAAUAUUAAGCGCAGGUUUCAGGCGAAAGAGGAGACGAAAGAGAAGAAGGCCGAGUAGAUUCAACUAGCUUUUCACAAAACAGGGGAUGCUUUCAGCAAAGUAGAUUCACUUCAUGGCUCGUUGAAUCAAAAAAGUGUGUUGACAGGAUCGUGUCGAGGGGGUUUGUAAGGGUUCAGAUUCGGCAUGAA